AUGGAGCUAUCCCGGAAACCAACCAACUCACAGCGGUUACCACCACCUGCACUCUUUCAAGGCCCGCCCUCCCACAAUGCAUCCAACGUCUCGCUCGCCGUUCCCCCAACCAACCCAACCCUCACAACACCAACAGGCAGUCAACCACCACCUCUAAAUCGCACCCGAACCCCUGGCGACAAAGGCGACAACCGCAACCUUCUCUCCCCCUUCACCUCGCGCCGAUUAUCUAAGGAUGACGUCGACGGAUCAGACGCCAUCUGGCAAGAAAUGCAAAGCGCUCUCUCCGAAGUCGAACUAAGCGCCGUAACCAGCGAACAUGUAUUCGGAGAAAAGCACGCCGAGGCCUUAGAAGACCUACGCACCAAACAACUAGAUCUCGCGCAAGCGUGGGCCCGCAGUGAAGCAGACGACGAGGUGGUGGAUUCGAGUCGCAACACCGCAGACGGGGAGAGUGCGCAACGCCGGGGUUCAGCAGAAGCAACAGCAACAGCAACAGCAACUACAACAAAAGAUACCACCGGAACCACGGCUGGUGAAUCCACUCCCACGAGAGAUCGCGUCUCACACCGCACGCUGGAUGAGGGGACGGAAAAGGAUAUAAUUCUAGCGCGGAAGCGCCGUGAUGCGAAUGAUCGGUACUUUGAUCGUGUUAAUCAGGGCGUAUUGGACGUUGUUGCGAAACUUGAGGAAGUUUCGCAGGCUAUGCGAACAGUUGAGCGUGAGAGUAAGGAUAUCUGGAGUGACUCGGAGAGUGUGACAACUGCGCCGCCGUCAACCAAUGCUGGGCCAUAG